AUGUCUGGAUUUAGCGACGAGCAGCUGGCGGCCAUUCGGGCUCAGUUCCCCGCGCUUGCUGCGGCGGACAGUCCCACCAGCCCCACCUCUGGAUACAUCUUCGCCGAGAAUGCGGGCGGAAGUCAGGUGCUUUUGUCGGUGGCCGAGGCGAUCUCGUCGUACCUGUUGACGACGAAUGUGCAGAUGGCGUCGUAUGCGCUUGCGUCUCGAGCCGAGUCGCGCGUUUCGCACGGUGCCUGUGCGGCGGCUGCACUGCUGGGCGCCGAAUCGCCCGACGACGUUAUGCUUGGCCAGUCAGCCACCCAGCUCGUCUUCAGUCUGAGCAUGAUGCUCGAAACGCGCGUCUUGGCCGAUCGAGCCGCGGGCGCAGAGGGUGCCUGGCAGGAGGGAGACGAGAUCAUCAUCUCGGAUGCGGACCACGAGACCAACCGCGGUGCCUGGACUCGGCUCGCCACGCGACUGGGGCUCAAGCUCAAACACUGGCCCGUCACUCGCGUCUCGAACAGCGAGAGCAAGUACGCUGUGACUCUCGAUCCCAAGGUGUUGGAGACGCUCGUGACGAGCCACACGCGCGUAGUGGCGUUUACAGCGUGCUCGAACCUGCUCGGCGCAUUUACGGACAUCGGGUCUGCGACGCAGGUGGUGCGCAAAGUGGCCAAGGAUGCGCUGGUGUGUGUCGACUGUGUGGCUUUCGCACCGCACCGUCGCAUCACACCUCGCAGCUGGGACGUGGACGUAGCUUUCUUCAGCCUGUACAAGACGUACGGAGCGCACGUGGGUGCGAUGUACGUCGACCCGCGUGUGAAGGAGACCCAGUUGGCUCGACUCAACCACUUCUUCCUGCACACCCCGCACGCGCCCCCGGGCAUGUAUCCGUUCCAGACGAGCUCGGUGCAGUACGAGCUCAACUACUCGAUCGCUGCUGUGGCCGACUACCUCGUCUCUCUCGGCACAGCCAAGCAGGUCCCAUCAAAGGUCGACUGGAACGCACUCUUUGGUCGCGCCUCUUCCGAAGGCGAGCUGACGGCGCUUAGUAGGAGCGAGGUUGAUGAUGCGUUGGAUGCAGCGUAUGCGCGCGUGGCCGCGCACGAAACUACACUCCUGCAGGUGAUCAUGCCGGUGCUGUUGAAGUGGGCCGAUAAGGGCUUGCGGAUUGUUGGACCCGAAGACGCCAGUUCGGAUGCACGUGCACCCACCAUCGCGUUCGUGCUCGUCGAUGCGCAAGGCAACCACCGCGUGGGCACGAGCAAGGCGAUCCACCAAGCGCUCGUGCGCUCCGCCAUCGGCGCCCAACAGGGCCACAUGUACGCGCACAAACUCGUCUCCUCGCUCGGCCUCGACCUCGCCGACGGCGUGAUCCGCCUCUCGUUCGUCCACUACAACUCCGCCGACGAAGUGCGUCGCACCGCAGACCUGCUCACAGCCAUCUUCCAGACGCUUGUCUAA